UCUUAAAUUCAGUUUUAUUCUAUGUGCAUUAAUGUUUUGCCUGCAAUUAUAUCCGUGUGAGGCCGCUGGAUUCCCCUAGACCUGGAGUUAGACAGUUGCGAGCUGCCAUGUGUGUGCUGGGAAGUGAAUCUGCGUGAUCUGGAAGCGAAGCCCCUGCCCUUCACUCCUGAGCCAUCUCUGUACCCAACUAAGAUGCUUUAAAAGCAAAUCUAUUUGUUUAAUAGAUAAAUCUGUGUCCGUUUCUAGGUUUAAUUAUCGUAUCACUAGUGGAUGCCAUUUUAUAUGUUAUUUUGAGUAGCUGUGCACCACUAAUAAGUGUAACGGUAACAUAGGGCUGGAGUGUAGCUGUGGGGUAUUGCAUUCCGAACCCAGGACCUUGCGCUUGCUAGGCAAGCGCUCUACCAUUGAGCUAAAUCCCCAACCCCUAACAUUAAAUUUUUUAAAAAAUCCUCUUAAUUUAUAUCUUUGUGGUGGGGUUGGAGCCCAGGGUCAAGUGCAUGCUAGGAAAUCACUGUCAACUGUGUUAUAUUCCCACCUCAAGCUUCUUGAUUUUUAUUGCUUUCAAAGAACAAGCCUCGCUUUUAAUCUUUUUUUUUUUUUAAAGCUUUGUAUUUAUUUAGCUUUCUUAUUCUCUACUUGUGCCUUCAACACUUUCAGGAUAUUGUUCUGCCUCAAGAUAAGGAAAACACAUGAUCUGAUCACGGACAAAGCACACACUGAACCCCCUGAAGCCCCAAGGAAGGACGUGUGUGUUUGUUUUAAACAGUCUUAUGAGAACUUAAGGUCUUGCAGCACGAGCCUCUCAUUUUCUGCCUGGACACACGCAUGUGAAUUUUGGUGCUUUCCUGACCUUUUUUGGUAGAAAAAUAAAAAUCCUCUAUUACAGGGUUUGGGGUCAGGCUUGUUGCUUACUAAUUUUAAAGAUUUUUGGUUUGUUUCUGUUUAAUUACACGAACCGAUGUCCCAGAAGCUAUCCUGACAGCCGUUUGCAUAUAUUCAGACCUCAUCAUCAGUUCUGGGAAAGACUGGGGAGCUCGCAUUGGGAGCCUGCAGACCUACUUGCGCCCCUAGGCGGCGCACGCUAGCUGCUGCCGGGGGCGGGCCUGCCCGAGCACGCCGCUUCGUGGCCCCGUGGAACCUCUCGGCUUCCGUUGAGCAUGAGCAAGAUGGCAGCCUCCGAGACGGUUAGGGUACGACUUCAAUUUGACUACCCGCCGCCGGCCACUCCACACUGCACGGUCUUCUGGCUUCUAGUUGACCUGAACAGAUGCCGAGUUGUCACAGAUCUCAUCAGUCUCAUCCGCCAGCGCUUUGGCUUCAGUUCCGGGGCGCUCCUGGGCCUCUAUCUGGAAGGGGGGCUUCUGCCCCCUUCCGAGAGCGCGCGCCUGGUGAGAGACAACGACUGCCUCAGGGUUAAGUUAGAAGACCAAGGACUCUCUGAGGCUUUGAUAGUAAGCAACGGUGGCGACUCUAAUUUCCCAUGUAGGAAAUCAAAGAAGCGGGCUUUUAAGUUGGUGGAGGACGAGGAGACGGACCAGGGCUACAAGUAUCCUAAGAAGUACUGGAAGAGGCAGGAGGACAGCGGCCCUAACGAGAAGGCCUCAGACCUGGAAACAAAACUCUUCCCAGAUGAGGUGGGGCGGACAAAGAACAAGAGAAAAAGCAAAGUGGCAGGCAUCCCUGCUGAGGAGGACGAGGAAGAGACAAAAAAGAAGUCCUCAAAAAGAAAGGAGAAAUGUGAACAGAAGAAGCAGACCAGGGCCUCCAAGUCUCCCAAACAACAGACGCAUAAAGAGGGAGUCUCACAGAACUGCAGCUUCUCCAGGGCCUCCUACAGAAGCAGCCUUGCUAAAGCCCGGAGGAGAAGCAGCACAGGGGCAAAAGGUAGUCCAAGCUACCUGUCAGAGUCUGAGUCCUGUCCAGAGUCAGUCAGUGAUGGCCACUGCAGUGUCACGACGAUGCAGGGGGUCACCUUAUCAGAGAAACUGUCAGCUGAGCUGUUGAAAGAUGGAUCUAUAAAAACUGCAGCUGCCAACAGACAGUCCUCAAAGCCUAGCUUUACCUUCAGCUCCGGCAAGGGCAAGGCCUCCAGAACCUCGUCUUCCAGUUCAGACUCCAGUUCAGAGUCAGAAGACCAGUUCCUGGUGUCCAAGAACAUGCUCGAGGGCGCAUCUGACUUCUUAAAGACAACAGGCCUCUUUGCAGGGCAAGGGUGUUCCAGUCCAGGGCUGUCUUUGGAGACUCCGGGUAUUAUGGGAUGGAAGCCUGCUGACUCAAACAGAGGCAGACAGGCUCCUGGUCCCAACGUGCCUGUCCCCACCAGUUUGGGAAGAGGAUGGGGGCGAGGAGAGGACUUCUUGUUUGGGAAGGGACUGAGGGGCCGGGGUAUUCGGGGCCGAGGGCGAGGUCGAGGUCAGACUGUCUCCUGUCUCUUAAAUAGAAGCUCUGAGAGCCAGAAGCAGAAACAGUUAAAUGAUAUUCUAACGAACUCAUCCACGGUGAUCCAGAAUCCAGUAGAGACCUCCAAGAAGGACUAUAGUCUGUUACCACUCUUAGCAGCUGCCCCUCAAGUCGGAGAAAAGAUUGCCUUCAAGCUUUUGGAACUUACAUCCGACUACUCUCCUGAUGUCUCUGACUACAAGGAAGGAAAAAUAUUAAGCCACGAUCCAGAGACCCAGCAAGUGGAUAUAGAAGUCCUCUCCUCCCUACCGGCUUUGAAAGAACCUGGGAAGUUUGAUUUGGUCUAUCACAAUGAAAACGGAACCGAGGUGGUGGAAUACGCUGUGACGCAGGAGAAGCGGAUCACUGUGUUCUGGAAAGAGUUGAUCGAUCCGAGACUGAUUAUUGACUCUUCAAGUAGCAUGUCAAAUGAGACUCAAUAUCCUCUACAAGUGCAUGAGGAUUCCAAGGCGUGUGUUCGAACUACAGCUCAAGUCUAACGAGGACUUACCUG